GCGGCUUCAGCGCUUCCGCCCGGCCGGGGCGGGCCCGGCUGCGUCCGCCCGCCUUCCCGGAUCCCGACAUGGCGGAGUACUCCUGCGUCAAAUCCACCAAGCUCGUCCUCAAAGGGUCCAAAGAGAAGAGCAAGAAAAAGCACAAGGAAAAGAAAAGGAAAAGGGAAGAGGAUGCGGCAGAGCAGCUGGAUAUUGUUGGAAACUGGUGGGCUGUCAGUAAUUUUGGUGAAAUUACAGGAACUAUAGCUAUAGAAAUGGAUAAAGGAGCUUAUAUCCAUGCCCUCGACAAUGGCUUGUUUACACUUGGAGCACCACACAAAGGUGAUGAAGGCCCUAGUCCUCCUGAGCAGUUUACAGCAGUAAAGUUGUCUGAUACAAGGAUUGCUCUCAAGUCUGGUUAUGGCAAAUAUCUUGGUAUAAAUUCAGACGGACUUGUUGUUGGACGUUCCGAUGCAAUAGGAUCAAGAGAGCAGUGGGAGCCUGUUUUCCAAGAUAAGAAAAUGGCAUUACUAGCAGCAAACAGCCGUUUUAUUAGAUGUAAUGAAGAGGGGGACAUAGAAGCCAAAAGCAAAACUGCAGGGGAAGAAGAAAUGAUAAAGAUUCGUAGUUGUGCUGAAAGAGAAGCUAAGAAGAAAGAUGAAGUUCCACAGGAAGACAAAGGAAACGUUAAACAGUGUGAAAUCAAUUACGUGAAGAAAUUCCAAAGUUUUCAAGACAAAAAGCUUAAAAUAAGCCAAGAAGAUACAAAAGCCCUUAGAAAAGCCAGGAAAGAAGGCACUUUUCAUGAAAUGCUACUUGACAGGAGAGCUAAAGUGAAAGCAGAUAGAUACUGCAAGUGACACCCAGCUGGUCCAUUUUCUUCUGCAACUUCGAUGGCAGCAGCAAAUUGAAAAAGAGUAAAAUAUUUUAUAAUUGUUUUUUAUUUAAGGCAUUUUUAAAGUAUCUUCAGAAUUGUAUUAAAAUUUUCUCAAAUAUUAAUAACCCAGUUAUAAAAUCUUGUUAACUGUAUCACUUGUGAAUACUUGGCUUGUAUUGAGGGAAUGACUCCAACAAAAAUUAAAGGUAUAUCAAUUAACAGUGGUAAGCUAUUUGCCAUGUAACUUAAGCCCUGGGACACAGGGCUGAUUUAGUCCAGAGGGAAAGCUCCCUGGCUUUUAGCUGCCUUUAGGACAAAAUCUAGAAAUAAAUAGAUGAUUGUUGGCAAAUGCUCCUGGCCAGAGUGAGGAAUUCUUGGAUAAAAAUGCAUAGCUGUGAGGUGUGCUAUAGAAGAGAAGGAGGAAAAAAAUGUUAUUAAUUUUUCUCCAAAGGUCCUUAGUUCGGUCUAGGACUGGGGAUUAGGGCUCAUUAACUAGUUGUAGGUACCAUAUCCCUCCCCAGAAAUGUAAGUGAAUGAUGUACAACAAACCAUUGGAAUAUCACAGUCCUGGAAGUGGCUUGCUGCCAAAACCACUCUCAGAAACACAGAGAAAAAGACAGCACUGCGAGGAGCAGGCUGCAGGCCAGAGUAACUAUUUAUUGGAAGUUCACUGCAGGUGUCAUUGAUCCACAGUCACUGUGAAUCUUAAAUACAUCUGAAGUGAAUGGUGGAAGUAGAUUGAUAUUACAGCAUCUGUUUUUCUUUUAGGAAUAUAUUGUUUGAAUAAAAACUUGCCUGGUAGAACCCACAAAAAUGAUUACUCAAACACAGAUACACCUAGAAGCAGAAAUAUAUGCUCUGGUGGGGAAGGGUGCUGAAAGGACUGCUGAGCAGCAGAAUAAGAGCCUGAGGAUUACCCCUGAAAGGGAAUUGCCCAUUUCAUAUUAGUGUAAAUAGGAGAUUACAGUGUGGUGCAAGUAGCUAUAGGUGACAGUAAGAGAAAAGUGGAACUGAGAGGCGUGUUUGUCAGAGAGGGGUGAGUUAGUGGAGUAAAAAGUAAUGGUAGAGCACAUGAAAUGACACUGUCCCAAGUAGGAGAGGAAGUACUAGAACUGGCAAGGGACUGGCAGUCUUGCAGAGAAUAAGGGUAUUUUAGUAGCAAUGGGGUUUCCCUGUAUGUUGGGAAUAAUGAUACGCUAGAGUCUUGAGAAAAUGUGUUCUGAGAUAGCACAGAAACAGGGAUCUGAGGAAUUUGCAGGAAAUCUAGUCCCAAGAAAAUUAAACCAAAGGUAUAAUAAAACAGUGAAUAUUGGUGUGUGUA